AUGAAAAAUAUUCUUCAAACUUUUAUAUUAGGAAACAGUUCAAUAAGCCUGAUUAGUCUUAUUGUUGUUUUGAUUUACUUCACGAAAUAUCAAAGUCGUACUUCACUUAUACAACAAAAUGAACAAAUAAGACCACGAGGUGUUUUUGUUAUACUUAUUCGAAGUACAAAUCGAUCCGUUUUCCUCACAAUUAAUAUGAUACAUUCUGUUAUUCACUUUUAUCCAACUUCUAGUGGUUCUUUAUAUCCAUUUAUUAUAUUUCAUGAUGAAGCUUUUACUUCAGCUAUGCGUCAACAAAUAUUAUCUUGUGUACUUCGAACUAAUAAACAAAUACAAAUUUCAUUUGCACUUGUUAAUUUUCAAACUUCAGUAAAACCAAAUAAUUAUAUUUAUCGAUCUACAUAUUCGGAACCACUUGAUCCUAUGCAUCCUAUUUUACGACGUUUCAUUAAGAAAAAAACACUUAGCCGUUAUUGUAUUUAUAAUAAUUUCUUUGUUAUUCGUUUAAAAUGGUAUUAUGAAUCAGAGCAAAUUAAAAGUUUUGUUCAUGAAUUAAUUCAAGAUGAUUUAAUACUUCGAGAAUAUAUUGGUGAUGGAUGUAUUCAUUC